ACGGGACGGUGUCCCCGCCCGCGUCUCUGGUCCGGGACCUAAACGAAGCGAAGGUGACACUGGAAAAACAGCGUUUCGAUUUAACCGCGACGCCCCUUGGUCGACCAGUCCAAAGAGACGUUAGAAGCCGUGUAGCCCGGGGAGAGACCGCCGCGCGCGCGGUUACCGUUAUCCCAGAGAGAGGAACGAGGCGCCACCCCGCCGCACUGCCCUCUAAAUCCCCAGAGCUGCUCCAAGAUGGCGGCGCGGUGCCGUGCAGCCGCUGCGGUGCUCAUCAUCUCCAUUCACCUCUGCAUCACCACAUUUGCUGUAAUACUCAGAACCACAAACAAGUCCCCCUGGGCCAACGAGUUUGAAUCAAUUGAGUUGUCUUGUUUGAUAGAAUCUAUUUCAACAAACAAUCCCAGAAUUGAAUGGAAGAAAAUAAAAAAUGGUGAACCAAGUUAUGUUUACUUUGAGAAACAUAUAUCAAGGGAUCUGGAGAACAGAGCGUACAUUAAAGAACCUGCCACACUAGUGAUAACCAAUUUAACCAGAUCGGACACAGCUCAGUACCGCUGUGAGGUCACAGCCCACAUGGACCACAAGACAUUUGAUGAAGUUUUAAUUGACCUCGUUGUUAGAGUGAAGCCGGUGGUACCCCGCUGCAGCGUGCCCAAAGCAGUGCCAGUGGGCCAACCUGCAGAGCUGCGCUGCACAGAGGAUGAGGCCUUCCCACGACCACAAUACCAAUGGUUCCACAACCAGGAGGAGAUGGCUCAAGACCCGAAGAGUAACCCUAAGUUCUCCAACUCCUCAUACACUAUUAAUCGUGAAACAGGGACUCUGUUGUUCACUGGGCUACGGAAGGAGGACUCUGGGCAGUACCACUGCAUGGCAGAAAAUGAUGCUGGAUAUGCCGAGUGCACUCCUCAGACCCUGGAAGUGUAUGAUGUCAACGUUGUGGGAAUCGUGCUGGGCAUGCUUGCACUUGCUGGAGUUGUCAUGGUCAUCAUGGUUGGGAUCUGCUGCGCCUGCAAGAAUGGCUACUUUGUCCGCAGCAGGGAGGCUGGAAGCAACUAUAAAGCACCAGAUAGCAGAGAUGGUCUGGACUAUAUCAAACCAGAAGAUGAGGGAGGCUUCCGGCAUAAAUCCUCAUUUGUCAUUUGAGGAAGAAGGGGGUCCAAGAUGCCCGCCUGAGGUCAUGGGGCUUGGAGCCUCCAGAUGGCCCAUCCGCAGCCCAGGCAGCAGUGGGGCGGGGUGAUAGUGAGUUGCAGUGGUAUCUGCCUUGAAGCUGCUCACGUGCCAAAGAUGACACAGACCACAGGGAAAGAGGCUCAUACAGGGAGUGGUACUGAGCGGUCCUGUUCUGUUGCUGUUCCACAUUUUCUGUUCACCAGUAGCCCUUAUAAAAAAGCAGCACAAUUUUAGUAUAUUGCAGUAAUUCUAUUUUCACUCUUGCUCUAACUAAAAUUCUGACGCUUUACUAUAAUAGCUGCAUGUUUUCUAAAUGUAAUGCUGAACAUAUUUCUGGUGUAUAUACAACAUGUAAAUGCAGUAGAGUGCAAUUAAUAUUUUAGUAAGUGUAUUUUGGGUACACUUGCUUGUGCUGCUUUUUUGUAAGGGAAUACUGUGAGAAAAAUCAUUGAUGGCAUUAUAUUUCAAUUUAAGCACAGUAGUUUUGGCUAGAGUGGGUACUUCCUUCCAAUGGGACUCGAGCAGCUCCCCUGAGCCUUGUGAUUCUACUGCAAAGUCUGCUUCCAAAUUACUGUCAUUUGUGUCACUUGUUUUGUACAAAAAAUGGUCAGACUAUUUUUGAUAUUUUUUAAUCUGAUGGUUUACUUUUUAAAGCUGUUUGUAAAACAAUCG